GAAAGAAAAACCCAAGAAAUCCCUCCGCAUGUUAUGCGCUGUCUCUUCCACCAUCCGCCGUUCAUUUCUCUGCCAUCCCUCUAGACCCUGCCCUCUCCGCCUCUUCGCCGCCGCGACCAUGGCAUUACAACACCCCCAGGACGAAGGCUAUCUUCAGAAAGUCAUUCCCAAGCGCAUCCAGCUCUUUGAAUCCAUCAAGUCGCAGCAGCUCUCGCAGCUACAGUCCCUCCCCUCAGACCCCAUCAAGAUUGCUUUGCCCGAUGGUACAGUGAAGGAGGGGAAGAAAUGGGUUUCGUCUCCGAUGGAUAUUGCUAAGGAGAUUUCUAAGAGUCUGGCGUCUAAUGCACUCAUUUCUUCGGUUAAUGGCGUUCUGUGGGACAUGACAAGGCCGUUGGAGGGUGAUUGUGAGCUCAAGAUUUUCACUUUUGAUAGUGACGAGGGGCGUGAUACUUUUUGGCACUCCAGUGCUCACAUUCUUGGUCAGUCCCUCGAGAGUAGAUAUGGUUGCAAGCUGUGCAUUGGGCCCUGCACCACAAGAGGAGAGGGUUUCUAUUAUGAUGCAUUUUAUGGUGAUUUGGGCUUGAAUGAUGAUCACUUUAAGGAAAUUGAAGCAGGAGCCCUCAAAGCUGUUGCGGUAUUUUUCAUAAUCCUGAAUGUGUCAUGCUAGUUACACUUGUCAUCUGCUGAUAAAUAAAAAAGUUACAUUUGGCAUCAUUUUCCACUAGUUUCCCAGUUCUGUUGGUUUUGAAACAACACUUGUUUAUCAUGAUGUACCUCUGACUGCUUAGUAAAUUGAGUUUUUAGGAGUGAAUGGCUUAAAUUUCCGUAGUGUAUGAAUUGUUAUUUAAUAUGCUUAUCAGAAAAGAUGUUGCAUUGUUGCUAUUUGUCACAAAUGUUAAACGCACAUUAUUUUUUCUUUCCAUUCUUUUAGGAAUGUGAAUGGGAUAUCAGUCUCUUGAAAUUGUUUCUCUGAAAGAAAUUGUUUUAUUUGGUACUUAAAUUCUCAGGAAAAACAACCAUUUGAGCGCAUUGAAGUGACAAGAGACCAAGCUCUUGAGAUGUUUUCUGAGAAUAAUUUCAAGGUUGAAAUCAUCAGCGAUUUGCCUGCAGACAAGACUAUCACUGUAUACAGAUGUGGUCCAUUGGUUGAUUUGUGUCGUGGACCCCAUAUUCCUAAUACAUCCUUUGUGAAAGCAUUUGCGUGUUUGAAGGCUUCAUCAGCAUACUGGAGAGGUAAUAAGGAACGAGAAAGUUUGCAAAGAGUUUAUGGAAUUUCUUAUCCUGAUCAGAAGCGCUUGAAGGAGUAUCUUAAACAGCUGGAAGAAGCAAAGAAAUAUGACCAUAGAUUGCUUGGAACAAAACAGGAGCUUUUCUUUUGUCACCCACUUAGUCCAGGAAGCUGGUUCUUCCUUCCUCAUGGCACUCGUAUUUACAAUAAAUUGAUGGAAUUUAUACGAAAUCAAUAUUGGGAGAGGGGUUAUCAAGAGGUUAAGUCACCAAACAUGUAUAAUAUGAAUCUUUGGGAAACUUCUGGCCAUGCUGCAAAUUACAGGGAGAAUAUGUUCUUAUUUGAGAUUGAAAAACAAGAAUUUGGACUGAAACCAAUGAACUGCCCAGGCCACUGUUUAAUGUUUCAGCAUAGAGUUCGUUCUUAUAGAGAACUACCUCUUCGCCUGGCUGAUUUUGGCGUUUUGCAUCGCAAUGAGGCUAGUGGUGCACUCACUGGGUUAACUCGUGUCAGGAGGUUUCAGCAGGAUGAUGCUCAUAUUUUCUGCAGAGAGUCCCAGGUCAAAGAUGAAGUAAGGGGUGUCCUGGAAUUCAUCAAUUAUGCAUAUAACAUAUUUGGAUUCACUUAUGAGCUGAAGCUGUCUACAAGGCCAGAGAAAUACCUCGGAGAUUUGGCAACAUGGGAGAGAGCUGAAGCUGCUCUUUCCGAAGCAUUAAAUGAAUUUGGGAAGCCUUGGCAGAUAAAUGAAGGAGACGGAGCCUUUUAUGGACCGAAGAUAGAUAUCAGUGUAUCUGAUGCAUUGAAUAGAAAAUUUCAGUGUGCAACAUUGCAGCUUGACUUCCAGCUUCCUGAUCGUUUCAAGUUGGAAUACUCAGCAGAGGAUGAAGCCAAAAGAGAGAAACCUGUUAUGAUACAUAGGGCUAUCCUGGGGUCUGUUGAGCGUAUGUUUGCCAUACUUUUGGAGCAUUACAAGGGUAAAUGGCCCUUCUGGCUUAGUCCACGUCAAGCAAUUGUUUGUUCUGUUUCAGAAAAGUCUGAGCCCUAUGCACUAAAGGUUCGGGAUCAAAUCCAUCAAGCUGGUCACUAUGUUGAUGUUGAUACAACAGAUAGAACAAUCCAAAAAAAGAUACGAGAAGCUCAGGUGGCACAAUAUAACUACAUAUUGGUCGUCGGUGAAGAGGAAACCAAGACUGGACAGGUGAACGUGAGGCCGAGGGAUAACAAGGGGGAGCAUUCUGCCAUGAGCAUUGAGAAUCUGCUUCAACACUUCAAGGACGAAACUGCAGCAUUUCGUUAAGAUGACAGAUUUUUUGAUGGAAACAAAUGUUAGUGAUUCUAUUAUUACAUGCUGAUGCCAAAGAAAUUUGGAUCGGUCCAUUUUGUUGAGAAAAUUAAUUGUUAGGCCUUUCUGAAUGAAUUUUUUUUUUUUUUUUUAGACAACACAGACUUUUUGCUUUUACUUGAACUCUGAAUGAAACUCUAAAGUGGCACGACAUGAACAUCCAAUACAUGAAUCACGUUCAC